CAAAGCCAACGUAUCUGAGUCCAUAAAUAAGUCAGGCAUAAACCCAGGGAGAGGAGACGACGAUCAAUCGUCCAUAGUUCCCCAAACCCCUAAACGACGGGUCGUUCCCUUCCAAAUCUGCCCUUUCCCUCUCCCUCUCCUCACUUCUCACUCAUCCUCAACUCUUCUUUUGCAGAGCUUCUCUUCUCAACCAGGAGACAUGAUUAGGCUAUUCAAAGAAAAGGAAAAGCUGAGAGCACAAAAUGCCAUUGGAGCCUCGCCAUUUACGAAGCAGUCUGCUGGGAAAUUGCGUCUUAAUAAAGAUAUGUCUGAGCUGAAUUUACCAAAAUCUUGUAGCAUUCAUUAUCCUGAUGGCAAGGAUGAGCUGAUGAACUUUGAGGUUACAAUUCGUCCUGAUGAAGGAUAUUACAAAGGUGGUGUGUUUUUGUUUACGUUCCAAGUUGCCCCUAUCUACCCACAUGAAGCACCAAAAGUCAAGUGUAAGACCAAGGUCUACCAUCCGAAUAUUGACUUGGAAGGAAAUGUUUGCCUCAACAUCCUACGAGAAGAUUGGAAACCUGUCCUCAAUAUAAACACUAUCAUUUAUGGACUAUAUCAUCUCUUCACGGAACCAAAUUAUGAAGAUCCACUAAAUCAUGAUGCAGCUGCAGUGUUGAGAGACAACCCAAAGAUGUUUGAAUCUAAUGUAAGAAGGGCCAUGGCCGGUGGGUAUGUGGGGCAAACCUUGUUCCCCCGGUGCACAUAGAUUUCGUUUGGUAGCACCAAAGAGCGCCAAUUGACAUACUAUCAACGUCCGAAAUGCAAAUGUGGUUGUAAUAUUCGUUGCAGAUUGCAUUUUCUUUUUCAAUCAAUUGAGUUGGAGGCUUAAAAUUGUACGUCAUAGUAGCUUUUCGGAAUGCUUUGUAGUAUCUUGUCUUGUCUAAAUAUUGCCUUGUUGUCUUGAA